AUGGAGAAACGAAACAAGAGACAAAUCCCCGACGGUCUGUCCGAAGCUCAAAAGCAAUCUCGUGAUGUCCUGCUUCAGCUCACGGUUCUCAACAACACCUGCGAGAACCCGUUACGAGAGUCUUUGACUAAACUCAUCAAAGGUUCAGAAACAGAGGAGGAAGGUGAGAUCAGCUGUUUGAUCGAUGAUUCUGGAUGGGUUUUCACACAGUCCGUUGCGGAGAGUUUCAAUCUUCCGAGAUUUGUCCUCUAUGCGUAUAAACUUACUUUCUUUCUCGGACACUUGCUUGUCCCUCAGCUUCGCCGUGAAGGGUUUCUUCGGUUUCCAGGCACGAUUAUUGAACUAUGUUUGACCAUUAUCCGGUUUAAUUUCUGGUCCGAUUCCGAAGCAGAGGAUCUUGUUCCGAUGUUUCAACCACUUCGAAAGAAAGAUCUUGCGAGAAUCAUGGGGAGAAAAGAUCAGGUUGAGCCGCUGGAUGCUUACUUGGUCAAGAUACUCGAAACGACUAAGCCAGCUUCAGGUCUUAUAGUCAUGUCCUGCGAAGAGCUUGACAGAGAUUCACUUGCUGAGUCUCAAAAACUCUUUACCUUUCCCAUAUACCUUAUUGGUCCACCUCACAUCCAUGACGUGGCAGGCUCGUCUAGCAGCUUGUUCGAACCGGACCAGAGCUGCAUUCCAUGGUUAGAUAAGCAAGAAACGAGAUCAGUGAUCUACGUGAGCUUAGGGAGCAUUGUGACUCUUAGCGAGUCUCAGUUCUUGGAGAUUGCUUGGGGUUUAAGCCAAACCAACCUAUCUUUCUUGUGGGUUGUUCGGCCUGCAUCUGUCCAAGGAAGAGACUGGAUAGAGUCGUUACCAUUAGGGUUCAUGGAAGGUCUUAACGGGAAGGGGAAGAUAGUGAAAUGGGCACCGCAGCUAGAUGUUCUUGCGCAUAGAGCCACGGGAGGGUUUUUGACUCAUAAUGGAUGGAACUCGACGCUAGAGAGUAUAUGCGAAGGGGUUCCUAUGAUCAGCUUGCCUUUUGUUUGGGACCAGAUGCUAAACGCGAGAUUCAUCAGCGAUGUGUGGAGGAUAGGGAUUCACUUAGAAGGUCGUAUGGAGAGAAGAGAAAUCGAGAGAGCUGUGAUAAGACUAAUGGUUGAACCUGAAGGAGAAGAGAUGCGAGAGAGAGUUAAAGUGUUGCGAGGUGCAGUAAGAAGAUCGGUUCAACGAGGAGGCUCGUCAUCUCGGUAUCUAGAUGAUCUUGUUGAUCGUAUUAAAUCAAUCUAG